AUGGCGUUUAAUAAUUUAAGCUCGCCCACCACCGGAAUGGAAGGUCAAGUCAGAGUGGAGGAAGUCUGUCUUAAAUUUCCUCCCAAAGUCAGCUCCCCAGGCUUGGCUGCAUUGAUCUUGAGCAACGAACAAAAAGAAACAUUCAUGGACUUUGCUGGGCCAAGACUUCAUUUCCAGAUGAUUCUCAUUUUUGUUUUCACUCAAGUUAUUCAUAAUAUGCUCAAACACCUGGGAUUGCCAAUGUUCAUCUCCCAGAUUCUUGUAGGAAUGAUACUCGGUCCUAUGGUUUUCAAGGGUCACGAUUCAUUGGUUACAAUGUCAGAGGAUAGUGUUCAGGUUCUUGGUACGGUGGCAUCCUUCGGCUAUAUAUUCUUUUUGUUUUUAAGUGGGGUGAAGAUGGACCUGAGCAUGACAUACAAGGCUGGAAGGAUGGCCGUAUGCAUUGGUUUACUAGCAGUGGUGGUGCCUCUGACAUUUUGUUUGAUAACGGUUAAGGCCCUUAGCACAGACGGCGAAUUGUUUGAAAACAACAGUUUAUUUCUUGCAGUAACAAAUUCCGGAACUUCAUUUCCGGUCAUACAUUGCCUUCUCGAUGAGCUGAAAAUCCUGAAUUCAGAACUUGGCAGGCUAGGACUAUCAGCAGCACUUGUCAGUGACAUUGCGUCACUAGUUCUUAUGAAUCUCAGCCAAUGGGUGAAGGUAGCGCAAGAAAAAUCAGCAACGCUGGUUCUCAAGGAUUUUGGACUGGCUAUAACCUUUGUUUUAGUAGUGGUGUUUGUGUUGCGACCGGGGAUGAAAUGGAUGGUGAGACGCACGCCUGAGGGUGGCCAGAUAAAAGAUGUAUUCCUUUAUGCCGUUAUUUUGGGGUUCAUGUCGUCUCCUAGGAUAAACGAAUUCUUUAAUAUAUUUCUUCUCUUUGGCCCAUUUAUUUUGGGAUUGGCUGUCCCAGAUGGACCCCCAUUGGGAUCUGCUCUGGUCGAAAAGUUGGACCCAGUUGUUUCAGGGUUGUUUUUGCCUUUGUUUGCAUCAACAUGCGGCAUGAGGAUUGAUCUGUCUUACCUCAAAAAGAGUACGGAAUAUGCACAAAACCAAGCCAUUGCAGCUGUUGUAGCAGUUAUUUUCAAAUUUGGGGUCUCUCUGGCGCUGCCAUUAUUAUGCAAGAUGCCCCUGAGGGAUUCUUUGGCACUUGCUUUUAUAAUGAUAACCAAAGGUAUCGUUGAGAUGGGUUCGCAUAGCUUCUUAUUUGACAACAUGGUUAUAUCUCAAGAUCUAUUCGCUUUCAUGUCUAUUAUCAUCAUUUUGUUAGCAAGCAUUGUGCCAAUACUUGUGAAAAGACUCUAUGAUCCUUCAAGGAAGUAUAUAGGUUACCAAAAACGGAGCAUCAUGCAUUCCAAGCUCAAAGAGGAGUUGCGAAUGAUUGGUUGCAUUCACGUACCGGGUAAUGUCAAUUCUAUCAUUAACAUUUUGAAUGCCUCCUGUCCAAACAGAGAAAACCCUAUUGCUCUUGAUGUCCUUCACCUUGUUAAGCUCAGUGGGCGUGCCACACCCCUUUUCAUUGCGCAUCAAAAGCACAGGAAAACCCAGUCUAACAAAUCUUACUCUGAGAACGUUGUCCUAGCUUUUAAUCAGUUUGAACGAGACAACUGGGAAGCUGUAUCAGUGAAUGUUUUCACUGCAGUCUCUCCACCAAAUUUGAUGUACGAGGAUAUAUGCAAUCUCGCCCUAGACAAGCUCACAUCCUUUAUACUACUUCCAUUUCAUCGCAGAUGGUACAUUGACGGGAGCAUUGAAUCAGAAGACCAAGCCAUCAGAAGCUUGAAUUGUAGCAUCCUGGAAAGGGCACCUUGCUCAGUAGGGAUCCUUGUUGAAGGCCGUCGCCCUCUAAAACGCUCCAAUUCUAGAGACAAAUUAUCAUCAGAGUCAUCAUCAUACAGCAUCGCUGUGAUUUUCUUGGGGGGUAAAGAUGAUAGGGAGGCGCUAGCGUUAGCCAAACGCAUUUCCCAAGAUCAAAGGGUUAGCCUUACUGUAAUUCAUCUCAAAGGUACCAACAAUUUAGGCGCCAUCCUAGCUGAUCUGGAUAGAAUGCUUGAUGAUGAGAUGUUGAGGGGUGUUAAGGAAGGUGGAUACAUAAGAUACGUCGAUAAGCAGGUAAAUGAUGGGCCUGAAACCUCAUCGUUUCUUCGAUCUAUUGUAGAUGACCACCAGCUUAUCAUUGUUGGGAGACGAUACAACACAGAAGAUCCACGGACUUUUGGUCUUGAGGAAUGGAGUGAAUUUCAGGAGAUUGGAAUCAUUGGAGACCUGCUUUCAUCUGCAGAUUUUGGUGGCAAUUAUUCUGUGUUGAUUGUGCAACAACAACAACUAAGGAUUGCAUAAGUCCCAACGUAAAUGAUGUUCUGAAGUUGCCAUUUGCUUUCCUUACUCAUAUCCUUAGGAUGAUCGCUGUGCGUUAGAAUUAGCCAAAGACUUGUAAAUUUGGGACUUGCCUUUGGGUGGUUCUAACAACUUGAAAUAUUCAUGAAGUUAGGACAAUGUUUGACCCCUUUGUGCAAUCCCAGUUGUAGAGAAAUAAAA